GUUCCUGAUCGACGUCGCGACGACCGACGCCAGACCCGUGCGCGAAGUGGUUUGAGUGUGAGAAAGCUUUCGAUUUUGGAGUGGGUUUUCAGUGAUUUGUGGCGCGAUUCAGCCAGGUUUCAGCUAAAGGGUGAGUCCGGAUUAGUGCACUUCUAAUUUUCCACGCCACUGACCCACACCUUCCUAAGAUUCGUGUAAAUCUCAUGGAUGGAUAUUCUGGAACUUAACAAAACAACAGGCUCUGCGCAAAAGAUUAAGGCUACUCAAAAACAAUCCUCCAAAAUGAAGAUGAGCAAGGUGGGAAACCAGACGAACUCUCAGGACCCUCAGGCGGUGAACUCGAGAGUUUUCGUCGGAAAUCUGAACACAUUCCAGUGCUCUAAAACGGAUGUGGAAAGGAUGUUUCAGCGUUAUGGACGACUAGCUGGAAUAUCGAUGCACAAAGGAUACGCGUUCGUGCAGUUUACGAAUCCUUUUGAUGCUAGAAGUGCCUGUUUGGGGGAGGAUGGCAGGACUGUUCUCAGCCAAAUCUUAGAUGUAAAUAUGGUGGCGGAACCCAAACCCCACCAAACAGGGAGGAAAAGACAAAACGUUGCCAAAACCGGAAACGACUGGGACUACUAUUACGACAGUUACUACGCUUCAACGUCAUUUCCUGUGGGCCCUUCACGAUUGGUUCCGCCAAUAAAAAGGCAAAGGUUAAUGACAACUGCAAGAAAUGGCAAGAACAAUCAAUCCCAGAAAACAUCGACCGUUCCUCCACUCGAUCAACUCAAAGUCUACAGCAAUCAAGAUAUCUUGAUCUGCGGCAACUGCCGGGAAAUGUACACAGACCUGCACGACUUACUCGAGCACAAGAAAACUUACUGCAAACUACGUUUCACAUGCAAAUGCGAUUCGAACAAGUCGAAGAACCCUGCAGACGACCACUCGUCAGCGGCGCUGUUGUGUGUCCAGUGUAAAGACGCCUUCCAAAACGCAUGGGACUUGAUGGUCCACGCACAAGCUGCCCAUAUGCUUAACAUUUACGAGCUCGGCGUACCGGCACUGGCAAAUUGUUCUUCUCCGCCGCUGUCGCCAAGGGACAACAACACACCGGAUAAGGAGAACAAGAACGAGACGGCCUGCGAGGGCGAGGAGGAAAACGGCGAUCACGAACCGGACUUUAUGGAGAACGGCCGUGACGGUCUCACGGGCACCCCAGAUUCGGCCAACUCUCGCAACGACAAAGAGCUGGAGGACCUAAUGGACGUGGAGUCCACGGCCAAGACCUGCAUAAUGCAUGCGUUGAGCAUUGUUAGCGCCCCGACGUCCCAGCCCGGCUCGUCGCCGCCCCCCCUGGCGGCCAUCGCCCCCCACACCGAGCACGGAGACGCGUGGAAGCCCCAAGGACACACGCGCCUCUCCCCCAAAAUACAGCACGAACCGUAUUAGUGACCCAACACACACUUUCAUGCAUAUAGUAAAUUUUGCGUUUUCUUCCGUUGAGGGGUUGUUACUUGCUGGGUUGAAUAUGACGACUCUGCCUGCCAUUGAUAAUCGGGAGGGGCGCCAAGGCGCUUGUACAUAUUUGUGGUUUUGGUAAUCUAGCCCCGUAUACAUUCUAAGGUCAUUAUUAGUAGUGAAGAUAACGUAGCUGAUGUUUUUUGGAUUGAUGAGUUAGCCGGAGCGAGGGGGUGGAGGGCUCCGGUUAAGGUUCUAGUAAAUUAAAAUUUUCAAGUUAAGCUGUUUGCAGGUGUGGAUUAAGGGCAGCUGCAUUCUUUUCGCGGGCUUUUUCUUACUUUCUGUGGUGGUUCAAGGGGCGGAAAGUUCAUAACACUGAAAAUUUAUUUUUGCAAGUAACACUUUCGAGAAAAUUUGUAACUACUACAAAAAUUAUAUUUUCAUUCUAAAAAUAGCUUUAGUAAAUUGAUGUUCAUUUUUUUGUUCCCCAACACCUCUAAAUAAAAGUUUGAAACCGUGGUGAUUUUGAGGGAUGAAAGAUCACCAAUGAAACAGAGACCACAAUUUUCGAGUCACUAGUAUUCGUUUUUUUUUUUUAUUAUUUUCAAAUAUACAUGUUCUAAACGCAACAAUUUUUAAAAUAUUUAGGUUUUCUAAACAGGUUUUAUUUUUCCAAAUUUGAAGCACUUUUGUCAAGUUAUUUCCACUUUCUUCAAAUUUUUUACAGUGCAAAGGUCAAAAAAAUUUGAAAUUUGGUUAUUUUUUCUGUAAUACCCAUAUUUUGUGGAUACAUAAAUAAACGCAUUAGAUAGGUUAGAGUUUUAAUAUGUAAAGUGUUUAGAAAGUUAUAAAAUUAAGUGCUCUGCAUCCAUAUUUUGAUGUUUAAAAAAAACCUGAAAAAUCGCAGCAGACAUACACAGUGUGUCUAGUGCUUGCCAAAUAAUCUACCCUCUAAAAAAAUAAAAGACUGGUGGGCCGGGCUAGUAUUUGGCAAAAUAAGAUUCAUUUUGGCAAAUGA